GAGCUUAAUUGCAGUAGGAUGAUUGGUAUCGAAGCAAGCAAAAUUUACCAAAGCCAAAGAAUCGUGAGGUAGAAAUACAUCAUUGCGAAAAGGUCAUUUAAGAAACGACUGAUUGAUCUGACUGUAAGAUAAAUGUAUGGGACUUUGACCGACCAGCAGUAGUCAAGUGUUAAUCCAACAGUUCGAAUAAGGAUACGAAGCUGCAGUGACCCAAUCGGUGUCUAGUGUUACGAAAUAGUUACGAAACCUGAGCUGAGAGAGAGACGUGCCUCUACGAACAAAAUCUAGCCUGGGAACAUAGAGUUCCUUGACAUCAUGUAUACGCUUCUAUCCUAUGGAUACGUUCGUUCCAAGAUCGGCAAAGGGCUUUUGGACUUGGCCCUAGUCUUGACCACCGCUGAUCCCAUCAUCGUUCUCCUUUCACUUCGUGGAGGAAAACUUUUUACCGUGUAUCUCUGGUUAGAACGGAAUAUGAUCGCCCGAGAGGAUACCGGUGUUCUCAGAGCUGAGAGGAACUCCGAGGCAUCGGUCUCGACGUUGAAUACUCUCCAGGGAGAAAGGGGUAUACCAGUCAUGCGGUGAAGAUUUCGAAGAAUACCACUGCACCGCAACCAGUACAGCCCUCGUGAUUGGACCAAGUGUUUUGGCAAACUGAACCUUUCGGUAAUGGGUAUGGGAGGUCAACACCAAGUAGAGGGUUAUGAGUGCGGAUUAAGUCCAGAAACCCAGACGGCCGCAAGGGUAGAACUCAGAGAAGAUGAGAAAACCCGUGAACAUGCCCUCUCGCAGCUUAGGCACUGGAUACUCAAGCAUCCUAAAAUCAAAAACUGCCGAACAGACGCAGUCUUUCUGCUCAGAUUUCUUAGAACAAAAAAAUUCAGCGUUCCUCUGGCCCAGGACAUGCUCGAACGAUACCUAACCAUCAGACAACUGUACCCGAACUGGUUUCAAAAUUUGGACAUCAAGGACCCUGCUAUGGAAGCCAUCAUAGACAGCGGUUAUCUGGUUCCUCUUCCUCAGAGGGAUCGUCUUGGUCGCCAAGUUAUCUUAUCUUGUGCCGGACGAUUCGAUCCAUACAAGUUCACAUCGGCUCAAAUGGCUCGGGCGCACAGUUUAGUGGUCGAAACUUUGAUGGAUGAAGAGGAAAAUCAGGUUCACGGGUAUAGCCAUGUGAACGACGAGUCUGGACUGACAAUGGGCCAUCUUAGUGCGUGGUCGUUAACGGAUAUAAGGAAUAUGCUGAGGUGCAUUCAAAACAGCACACCAAUGCGGCACAAGGAAACUCAUUUCAUUAACAUUCCCAGCUAUGCCACAAAGAUCAUUGAAUUUGCAGUCUCGCUUCUCAACGACAAGCUUAAAGGACGCGUUCUGGUGCACAAAAAUCUGGAUGAGCUGAAACUAGCAGUCGAUCCAAAGAUCCUGCCAAAAGAAUACGGAGGUGAAAUUCCGAUGGCGGAAAUGAUUGCAACUUUCAAAACAACGCUGCACGCAAAACGGGACGAGCUCAAAGCCCUGGAUGACAUGUACAUUGAGCUCUCUUCGAAAGAUAACUGCACGUCAACUACGAGUGAUGGGUUGGGUGGUAUAUCUGGCUCAUUCCGGAAGCUGGAAGUAGACUAAUGCUCAGAAUUGAGCGUUUCAGUUGGGUGUAAAUAUUGAUGUUAUUGCGGCAGAACCGUUAACGCCGAAUUAUUAAGUUCAAUUAGUUAUACAUAUAUAACGUUACACAUGUCUUCACCGCCUUAAAAACAAUAAGCCUAAUCCUCUAUUGAUGAGUCACAAAUAAUUGGGUUGAAAUAUUCCAUUCCAAUUAAUAUAUUCUUAGUAUUGUGGUCUCCGUCGUUACUCAUUGACGAUUAUCAAUUUGUACAUAUGACAACCAUGUCUGUUUUAUUCAUUAAGUACGCUAUGCGUUAAUUUUAUUUUAAGUUACUAUUAGAUUAUCUAUACGGGAUAUGUGUGUUAGCAGACAAUAGCAAUUAUGUUGCCCUGCCGGUGGAUUCAGUUACCUACAAAUGUUUUCACGAGUCUCUAACAGAGCACCUUAGAAAUAAUUUAUAUACGAUUAAAAAUAAGCUAUAAAUAUAUAAAUAUAUUUAGUUUUACAUAACGUUUCGAAAUGUAACCCUUACAUGACUUACAGUAUUUGCCAAUUUUAAUACGUAAGUCGUUACUUGCUGCAGAAUAAAUUAGAAAGUUUGAUACUUGGAGAUUUCGGCACAUCGCGUCAAAACAUUACGCGGUGACUUUGCGUUAUAACCGAUUGAUUAAUCGUAAUUGGUAAAUCGGCUCAUACCUUGAUAGAAAUUCGGUAGUUGAAUGUUCAUCGUGCAUCGUAAAAUGUAAGACGUAUAUCUACUUUCACCUGAUGGUGAUGAAAAAUGAUGAGUGUGAUAAGUAUCCCGUAAAUCACUGAAAAUUGUACUCGGAAUAAAGUGAAUAAAAUUAUAAGGGAAAAUUUAUUUAGAUCAUUUAAAAUUUUUUAUCAUUUCUUUCUACGAAAGAUUUCAUGCAAUACGGAAAAUUUCAUUCAAACGGAAUGCGAAGAUUUGUAAUUCAAUUUAUUUUUCAGCGAAGGGUGAAGAGACAACCCAGCCACAUUAAAGUAUCAAUAACAGAAGAGUUAAGCAUAUAUUUGUAUAGCAAAUUGUUAUCGUUUCCUUAAAUAGAGGAAUUCGUUUGUUACUCAUGAUGUAGGUUGACCUGAUUCAUCUGAAAAGUGUUCAGAUUAUUUGAUGAAUGGAUUGGGAAGCUUUCAAUAAAUUCAGCGUCAUAUAGUUUAAUCUAGGAGUUCAUCUCAAAGUACUACAGGGAGUGCAUAAUAAAAUGAGAUUAAAAUACAAUGAAUAAUAAUCGAGAAAUUUUAUUUAUUCUUUUGAUAAAAUUACAACGAGAUCACACUACGUAUCACUGUGAUUAAUGUUGAGUGCAAUCUACGUAUAAAACUAUCGAGUACAAAAUCAUACACAACAAUCACCAUAUACCCAGAGUGUAAAGUUGCACAGUAAUACGGCUGCACCUUUGAAUUACUUGUGCAAAUUAAUAUGGAUUAAAUUAUACAAGUCAAAAUAUUCAUUGGUGCUUUGUUCCUGUUAA